CUUUGGGGAGGUGGCGUGCGAGCCAGGUUACACACGUCUCAUUUCCACGCAGAGAGUAAACCAAGUAGAUUUCCUCCCCUGCUCUAGCCGCGCGUCUGCAGCAGGUGUAAGGACUCAAAAUCCACAUGGAGACUUUAAGACAGCGUUCACGGUUCGAGAGGAAUGGGACGGAGGUGAAACUUGGGGAAACCGAAUCACCGUUAAAAACCAAAGACAAUGCCUCUCUCAGCACAGUUAUUGUUUCUUUUCUCUAUACAGAAGUGCUGAGGAUUGCAUCAUUUUGUGUUAUUUUCCGCGUCUUGAACUGUUUUCUGGUUCAGAGCAGCUUCGUUCCAGAUGAGUACUGGCAGGCUGUGGAAGUCGCCCACCACAUGGCCUUCAAUUAUGGCCAUCUGACAUGGGAAUGGAAGGAAGGCAUAAGAGGCUUCACCUAUCCCCUCUUUUUCGCCAUCAUCUAUAAAGUACUACAUUGGAUACACUGUGACUCUGUGUAUAUUAUGAUAUGGCUGCCCCGCCUACUUCAUGCACUAUUUACUGCGUUUGCAGAUUUCAAAUUCCUCUUCCUUGUUGAAGAGCUGGAAAAUCAACAUGUUGCGAAAUGGACGUUCUUCUGCCACCUGUGCUCGUGGUUCACAUGGUAUUGUUGCAGCAGAACGCUGAGUAACAGCGUGGAGGCCACCAUCACUUGCCUUGCUCUCUGUUACUUCCCCCUGCCUGGAUCCAAAACACACAGCAGCAAAAAAUAUUUGAGCCUCGUUGCACUGGCCGCUAUUGUUCGCCCGACGGCCUUGAUUCUCUGGCUUCCGCUGUUGAUUUAUCAUUUCUGGCAAGAAGACAACAAACUGAGACUGGUGGUGCACAACUACAUUCCCAUUGGGGCUUUGGCCAUUGUGAUUCCAACCAUAAUUGACUCCAUUUUCUAUGAAAAGUGGGUCUUCGUACAUUUCAACUUCCUGAAGGUAAAUGUCUUGGACGGAUUGGCCAGUUAUUUCGGCACCCACCCAUGGCACUGGUACCUCACUCAGGGCUUCCCGGUCAUAAUUGGCCCCCAUCUGCCAUUCUUUUUAUUUGGAUGCUUCCUGGCUUUUAGAAGGUACAAAAUCCUGCUGGUGGCCAUUGCCUGGACCAUCGGGGCAUACAGCCUGCUUCCUCACAAGGAGUUUAGAUUCAUCUACCCUGUGCUUCCCUUUUGUAUGAUCUUCUGUGGGGCAACGAUGGCUCGUAUGAAAGCUUGGCGACGAGCAGCCACUGCCGGUUUGCUGGCCUCCAACCUGCCCCUAGCUCUCUACACAGGCCUGAUUCACCAGCGUGGAGCUCUGGACGUCAUGAGCCACAUCCAUGCCCUUUGUCACAAUGUCUCACAGCCGGACGUCCUCUUUGCAAUGUCCUGCCACUCAACACCUUACUACAGCCACGUCCACUGCCCACUAAAGAUGAGGUUCCUCGAGGGCCUGCGUGAUCUCAGCCAGCUGGACCAUGAGACUGAAUCAGAAAGAUUCAUCAAUGACCCACUUCUCUGGCUCCGAACUUCGUAUCCACUUGAACAUUCACUUCCUACUCACUUGGUUCUCUUUGACGUAAUGGAAAAGAAGAUCACAGCAUUUCUGCGUGAAAACAACUACAGGAAAGCGACAGACAUAUUUCACACUCAUUUUCCCGACGGAGGAGUUGGAGGAAGAAUCUUCAUUUAUGAGAGGCACCGAUGACUGCAGGAACUCAUCUGAUUUUACCUACUGUAUGUUUAAAAUGUUUUGACAAGAAUAUCUAAUCUUGUUAGACCAAUUAUACUUCUUUUACCACUAUUUGUGUGUAAAUUAUUUUGAGUGUUAAUUUAUUUUCUAUGGUGGACAGUCUGGGAUUAUUUGCUGGACCUAAUAUCAGUUCCAAUGUAUAUAUUAUAAAAUAAAUUAUACUAAUACAAAUGUUAA